GAGGCAUACGUUCCAUAUCUAAUACAACUGCCAUUUUGUUUUUCAGUUGAAGAUCCAAUGCAGCUACGGUUCUUGUGAAAAUGGCUUUAUUCGACGUUUAGAUAUUGCUUUUAGUGUGUUUUUUUUCUUAAAUUGAAAGACUGUCUUUUUGAGAAGUAGUGGAUGGUAGAGUAAAAGACCGAAGGACCAACUUUCCUUAUAUAUUGUGAUUUAAUUGUUCAUGUUUACGUUAGCGUCUUCUGGCCUACGACGUUCUAUUAGAUUGGUAUUGUAGCUAGCUAGUUAUCUCGGUGGCAAAAUGGCGGCGAAUACGACCCAGACAGCUCCAGCUGCUAACUGGUCGUUUGGUGCAGCAGCAGGUCCAGAGGGCCAGACAGUCUCGGAAAACCCAGAGUGGGAGAAGGCAAGACAGGCACUGGCCUCCAUCAGCAAGACCCAGAGCGCCACCAAGACCGCUCAGGCCAACCGGACCACAGAACAGGCUGGUCAGUUUCAGCCUGCAGUUACUGAGUCCACAGCCAUACAGCAGCAACAGCAGCAGUACUACCAACAGUGGUACCAACAGAACCAGCAGCAGCCGUAUCCUGGAUACACCUACCCCUACAAUUACUACUACCCCAUGGCGCCGGGCCCCUAUGGUGGUGGUGGCUAUCCUCCUCAGGGCCAGUAUGGUGUACCUCCAGGACCUUACCCUUCUCCCACCACUCCAACUGGACAGCCUCCAUCCCUGCCCGUGAUGGAUGACCAGUCCUCCAGCUACCCCUCUCAGCCCCAACCCCCUCCUGCUGCACCUCAACCACCCCCGAGCCCCACCAGCUCUGAGCAGCCCCCACCCCCUCCUCCCCCAGCCAUCCCUCCCCCUCCCAACUCCCAGUACCCCCUUCCUCCAGGGCAGAACUCUUACAACCCCAACAACCCCAUGCCCUACCCCAACAAUGACCCCAACCAGAUGAGAGGUUACAACCACAACCAGGGCAGGCCCAGCUAUGGGCAGAGCUACCAGACUCAGAACUCGUACCAGCAGCAGCAGAAUAACAACCAACACCAGCAACAAGGACAGGGUCAGUAUGGACCAGGAGCUGGGAGAGGAGAGGCCAACAAAAACAAGAACCAUCAACAACAACAGCCACAGCAACAAGGACCGCAGCUCUGGCACCGCAUGAAACAGGCACCUGGAGCAGGUGCGAUGAAGUUCAACAUUCCCAAGCGACCCUACGUCAUGACCAAUCAGAGUUUCCCUCCUGGGGAACAACCCACUGGAUUGGCUGCUACUCCUUCCUCCCCAGCUGCUGCUCCUGCUGCACCUGGCGGUGCCCAGACACGGCCCCAGGACUGGCCCCAGGCGAUGAAGGAGUAUGUUCAGCGCUGCUUCACAGCCUGUGAGAAUGAGGAGGACAAGGACCGCACCGAAAAGGGGCUGAAGGAGGUCCUACAGAAAAGACUACAGGAUGGGUCUGCCUACACCAUCGACUGGGACCGCGAGCCUCUGCCUGAACUGAAGGCCAAGCAGUCUCGCUGGGAGGCUGUACCCACCCAAAGGACUCUGGAGAGUUCU